AUGGCCUCACUCACCCAUUCGGCCGUUUCGGCAAAUGCCACCCAUCUUCCCUCGGCUUUCAGCAUCUACAACAAUGAUUUCCUCAACAUCAUAGGCUCAGCCCCUAAGUUGGAGGUCAUUCUCGAGAACAAUGACUACCCCUUUGCCCACGAAGCUAGCGUUUACAUCCCGACCUCGGAGUCGCUCUUCGUGUCGAGUAAUCUGUACACGGAUCCGGUCACGAAAGAGAAAACGAUCAAGGUCACCAAGGUGAGCGUCAACGCCCCACCCGUGACAUCGGAGAUCAUCAAUUCUACCAUCCCGAUGCCGAACGGCGGAGUGAACCAUGACGGCGGUAUCCUCUGGGCUGCCCAGGGCACGAUGAACGAGACUGGAGGUCUGUUUCAGAUGUCAGCUGAAGCCCCCUAUAAAUCGGAGCUAGUCACCGGCAAUUUCUACGGCCGUCAGUUCAACUCGAUCAACGAUGUUGUCGUGGCCAACGACGGGUCGUUCUGGUUCACCGACCCCAUCUACGCCUACAAGCAGGGAAUUCGACCGAAGCCCCAGCUACCGAACCAGGUGUAUAGAUACGAUCCAUCUACAAAAGACGUGCGCGUCAUUGCAGAUGGAUUCGGUCGCCCUAAUGGAAUUUCUUUCUCUCCCGACGAGAAGACCGUAUACAUCUCCGACACUGCUGAGACAAAUGGCGACGGAUCGAAGGAUCUGACGCAACCAGCUACCAUUUAUGCCUUUGAUGUGACGACGGUCCAUGGUCAGCCUUUCUUGACGAACCGUCGUGUCUUUGCCAUGCCCGGAGAUGGCAUUCCUGAUGGAAUCAAGGUUGAUCAGGAUGGUAAUGUGUAUGCUGGCUGCGGCGACGGAGUCAAUGUUUGGUCUGUUGGUGGUGUGCUUCUGGGCAAAAUCCUUGUCAAAGAUGGGACAUCUAACUUCUCGUUUGGUCGCAACGGCCAGAUGUUUAUUCUCAAUGAGAACAAGAUUUAUCGCGCCCAACUGAACCGCAAGGUGCACGGCACUCUCUUCUGA